AAAAAAAAAUGCUUCUGCCUUCCAAUAGGGAGGAGAGAACGGCGUCGUAUUUGGUCAAAGUAGUAUUUGACUUCGCUGCGUUAACGAGAAAACCUUAGUACUUGAUGACGAAAUGAAUGCCAUCGUCGGGCAGAGGUUGGCGUCGUUCUCUUCCACCCUGAUACCUCGAUCCUCUCUUGCUCGGUCCGCCGUUCGCGGCGGUUCUUUCUUGCUGCUUCCUCGCCGUCGAUUUCCUAAUUCGACAGCUACAAUCCGCACAGGUAGUAUCAAUCUCAAUCUCUACUGUUCGCCGGCAGACAACAAGUCAACGCUCAACGUAACAGCUUCAUCUUCAUUCUCAUCUUCCCCCAUGGCUUCCGCCGCUGAACAGUCUAGGGUUCCCCCUGCUCUCCAGUUGCCUUCUCCUCCUAUCACCAAGUAUAAAAUUGCGCUAUGUCAAUUGACUGUGACGGCGGAUAAGGAGAGGAAUAUUCGUCAUGCUCGGACUGCCAUUGAAGAGGCUGCGGAGAAGGGUGCUAAACUCGUGGUUUUGCCGGAAAUUUGGAAUGGUCCAUAUUCAAAUGAUAGCUUCCCAAUUUAUGCUGAGGAUAUUGAUGCUGGAUUUGUAGCAUCUCCUUCUACAGCAAUGCUGUCCGAAGCUGCUCGUCUUUUGAAUGUCACGAUUGUAGGAGGUUCAAUUGCCGAAAGACAUGGGGACAAAUUGUACAAUACUUGUUGUGUCUUUGGUACCGAUGGGAAGCUGAAAGCUAAACACAGGAAGAUCCACCUUUUUGAUAUUGACAUUCCUGGUAAAAUAACAUUUAAGGAAUCAAAGACUCUUACCGCUGGGGAGUCUCCCACCAUUGUGGACACAGAGGUUGGGCGAAUUGGAGUAGGAAUCUGCUACGACAUUCGUUUUCAGGAACUGGCAAUGAUAUAUGCUGCUAGAGGAGCGCACUUAAUAUGUUAUCCGGGAGCUUUCAACAUGACAACUGGACCAUUGCACUGGGAGUUACUUCAAAGGGCUAGGGCUACUGAUAAUCAGUUGUAUGUAGCGACUUGUUCACCAGCCCGAAUCGUUGAUGCUGGAUAUGUGGCCUGGGGCCAUUCUACUCUUGUUGGACCAUUUGGAGAGGUACUAGGAACCACUGAACACGAAGAAGCAAUCGUCAUAGCAGAGAUUGACUACUCUGAAAUCGAGCUCAGGAGGACUAAUCUACCCCUGGAGAAGCAAAGGAGAGGUGACCUUUAUCAGUUGGUAGACGUUCAAAGAUUGAAUACUUGAUAAAAGAAAAAUGAUCAUUGCUGGGGAAAAUGUAAUAGUUGAUGUUGGAUUUUCAUGUAUAACUAGUAACUAAAUAAAAAGCUCACAAAUUCAUUAUGUAAGAAUUUCAACUUUAUGAAUUACUGAAGUAAAAAUAUUUGGCCAGAAUGCAA